UCUAACUCUCAGUCUCAUCAUCUCGAUCAGCAUUUGGGUGAUCUGCGCAUGCCUAGCCUGAGGCAGUGCAGCACCUUAGAGAGGCAGCUGCUCGGCCACCUCUCAGCCACGAAGAUGAAGAUCGCCAAGGCCCCGGUGCUCCUGAAGAAGGCGGUGACCAUGUGCAAGAGCAAGACCGGCGUGCUCGCGGCCAGGCUCCUCUUCCUCGCCUCGCUCCGGCGCAGGAUGGCCACCGUCGGCGUGAUGUCUCACAAGAUACACGCGCUCAUGGCGGCCGCGGAUCGGGCGAAGGCCGGAGGGGACUGCCACAAGGCCGUCGUUUCGCGCAAGGUCGAGAAGACGCUUCCAGCGAUCCAUGGCGGUGAGACCGUUGAUCUUACGCAUCAAUUAGCACUGUUUUGUCAAGAGGAGGAUGUUGGUGGUGGCUUCCCUGACUGGACGCUGCACCCCAUCUUCAAUGACGAUGACAAUUGCUGUUACACGGAAGACGACGACGAAGAUGUUAGUGAUGUGCUACUCGAUGGGUGCAAUGGCCACCACGACGAGCCCUCGGUGAUAGAUGUGAUCAGGAGCAACAAGGAAGUCCAGGGGUUGGAGUUCAACAUGGAAGAUGAGAUCGACCAGGCUGCCGAUAUGUUCAUCAGGAGGUUCCGGGAGCGGAUGAGCAAGAGCAUUUAGUCUCACCUGUUUGUGUUUCAUCUACCUGAUUGCACGAAUGCGUGCCGCUGACUAGUUGACAGUAGAUGUCGCGAGGGAGAAUGUUAGAUUGACACCGUAGCAUCUAGUAGUACGUAGGGGGGCUAGACUAAACUAGUACACGGGUAUGAACAUUUUCUCCCUAGAUCUUUCCGGGCACCCAUAAAUUAGUUUUUUUUUUGAGAAAUAGUAACGUGUAGUAUAGUACAAUCAUGUAAGGGGUAGCAGAUACUUAAUCAUAUUUUUUUUGAAGGA